UGGAUUUUAAUAACCUUGUUUGGCAUUAAUAUUUACUUUAUACCACUAUGUGUGUGCGUGCCCACACACUUUGUUGAUGUAGGUGUCAAACGGACAGGCUCUUCGUGAAGAAGAGAAAGAUUAUUACCGUUUCAUCAGAAUUUGAAGGACUUUGCUCAGUUACACAGGCGACUUUCCUUGGGCUGAGAAGAAAAAAAAUCAACAAAAUUAAAUUACAUCUUCAUCAUUUACAGAGCCAUUCACUCUUUAGCUUCAGCUACUGCCACCACCCCUUUUCUCGACUUUGAAGGGAGAAAAUGUCAGACAUCAAAGUUUGGUGUCGCUUUUCGUUCCUUCUCCUGCUGCGUCGAAUGCGGCUUGGUCCUGCCUGAGAAGCACAACUUCCGCCCCAGAGCUCAAAUAAGGUCGGAAGCGGUUACCCAUUUCCGGGUGUGGCUUCAAGGCGAUAGGUGGGUGGAGCUGCCCGUUUCCCGGGCAAGGGCUCUUUUGGUGUUCUCGCGAUAGCUCUUCCUCUUCCUUAGGCCGGCGCUGCAAGAGAACGGCCAUGUUCAGUUCCAGUGCGAAGAUUGUGAAGCCCAAUGGCGAAAAGCCAGAUGAAUUUGAGUCUGGCAUCUCCCAGGCUCUUCUGGAGUUGGAGAUGAACUCUGACUUAAAGGCUCAGCUAAGAGAAUUGAACAUCACCGCUGCAAAGGAAAUUGAAGUGGGUGGCGGUAAAAAAGCAAUCAUCAUAUUUGUACCAGUCCCUCAGCUGAAAUCUUUCCAGAAGAUUCAGGUGCGGCUAGUUCGUGAACUGGAGAAAAAAUUCAGCGGAAAGCACGUGGUGUUCAUUGCUCAGAGAAGAAUUUUGCCAAAACCAACAAGAAAAAGCCGCACAAAAAACAAGCAAAAACGCCCCAGGAGCCGUACACUUACUGCAGUACAUGAUGCCAUUCUCGAAGACCUGGUUUUCCCAAGUGAAAUUGUGGGCAAGAGAAUCCGCGUAAAACUGGAUGGCAGCCGGCUCAUAAAGGUCCACUUAGACAAAGCGCAGCAGAACAAUGUUGAACACAAGGUAGAAACAUUUUCUGGUGUCUACAAGAAGCUCACAGGCAAAGAUGUUGUGUUUGAGUUUCCAGAAUUCCAGCUUUAAAGUGCAAAGAAAUGACUGAAUAAACAGUUAAUUGUUAAA